UAUUGUUUCACAGACGGAUUACGGUGUAUUUACCUUGUUGCACUUUUUUUGUUUUUCUACUCUGGCAGCUGAGGACGCGCUAGUAGUAAGUUCUCUCGCAGGUGCACCUCCUUGUUUUUCGACGGUCGUGCGAAAUUUCUCUCACUUCGGUACAGGUUUCUAUUUUAAGAAGCGCACACGUCAUUCUAUCUUUCUGCGCCCUCCCGUCGUUUUAUGAUUUAUUAAUACAAAUUUGUCACAUCGAUAGAUUUUUGCUACGAGGUUUUUUCUUCAUCUUCACCCAAGUUAGAAGACUACUGUCGUUUUGAUUCUGUAAAAGUGCAACUGCAACAAAUAGUACGUAGGUAAAUUUUCUGAAUCAGCAACAGCAACGACACGAGAUGUUCACCUCUAGAACCCUGAUCUCAGGUUCCGAAGACGCAGGGCCUCUGCUCGGCCCAACAAGUACGAUGUUGUCCGACAGUCCUCCAUUGAGACCGGGUUCAAACGAUCCAGACCCGGAUCCUCUUCUACGUGAAGAUUUUCCUUGCACCAGACCAACAGCACAUGGGGCUCCCGAAGCCGCAAAUGCGAAAAAUGCAAAAAGGAAGAACACCAGCACGAGCACUAGCAGCUUGGGAGCGGCUACUACUGGAGGUUCUUCUUCCUACAGCGGCCCAAGUAGGACAUUGUCGUCUUCAACAUCGUCGACUGGUGCGGGGUUGAGCAAUGAUAACAAACACCAGCGCAUUAUCAAAUGCAAAUAAGUCUGGGUCUGGAAACUUGUGAUGCUGAAUUGUGGAUGACUGAAAUACUUCCCAAUGCAGCUAAGCAUGACAAGUUUCCCGCACACUUUUGCAUGCGCAUUCCGCAUGAAAAACUGCGCUUUUGUAUGACAAAAGGAGGUAUCUUCUUGCUAGUCAUGCAACACAGAUUUUACAGGAGUGCAGGACUAGCAUUACAAGUUCCAUGCUUUCAGACCCAGACAUAUUUGCAAUGCAUACGCAUUCUGAAUUACCCGCUCACGCCGGAAGUUGGCCCAAGGGAAGUUGUGCUCCUAGAAGCUCCACCGAUCGAGAAAUUCGACGUAGCAACAAGACCCGACGGAGAAACGGGCGUGCUGGAACAUGAUAGGGAACAGCAUCACGCCGGUAUAAUAUCUUCAAACCAGGGCGGAGGAGGAGGAGGAGCAUAUCAGCAUAAUGGAAAUGAGGGUCUUGUGGCAGGACCACGAGGAGCAUCUUCUUCAAGAACACAUGAGCUGCGGAAGAAUACUUCUAGUACGACGAGCAUAAAAGAUCUGUACAACGUCGUUCCAGCAUCAUCUGUGAAUGAUGAUAAGCCCCAACAGACGAUGAAAACUCGCAAGCCGCGACAUUCCUGGAGCGUGCACAACUAUGACCCGCUCAGGUGUCAACUUACAGGCUACGUAAACGUUUACAAUAGAUGAACAUGCAAGUCUGUGAUGCAAAAGGUGAUGCAAAAGGUAGCCUACUUGUACUCCUGCAGAAGUGCGCAUGACAAGUUCUGGAGUUGUCCCAAACGACCGCACUAGAAUCGUGCGAAAUUUGAUUGUAUUGCAGAAAGUGGAACGUUGUGCGAGUCUGUCAUGCUCGUCAUCAUGCAAUACAAAACGCAGACUCUAUUGGAACGCUUGAGAUUGUAGUAACGUUUGAGCAGGUCAUAACAACCUCCGGGAUUUUCUUGCUGACGAGGAAGAAGUGGACUCGGAUUCCUACACCCGCAUUUAUGGCCUGCUCAAGUUGUGUUACAAUCUGUGAUGCAAAAGGUGCAUGAUCCAUCAUCCUCUUCUCACAGGAGAGUGCAUCACAAGUUCGGGACGAGUACUUCUUACCAAACCGCACUAGAAUCAUCCGGCUAAAUUUGUAUUGCAAAAAGCGGAACUACACGGCUCUGUGUGUCUCUUAUGCUGAUCAAGCAACACAAAAUCCAGACACAGAUUCUGUGUACUGUAACCACGUCUGAGAUUUUUGUAAUAGCUGAGCAGGUUAUAGCAUUCCCACCGCGUUUUUCUCUACUUCGUUGACAUCGGAAGAUGACGACCAUAACAAAUUCGACGAUAUUAGUCUUUUUCGCAGCUACGCUGCCGAGGACCCUCACGCGGCACUCUCCCCCUCUAGCCGAACAGGACAUCAUAACCCGGCCUCCUCAAGUAGCAGGCAGCAGCGCAUGGCUAUCCUAUGUAAAAACGUCCCCAACCCAUAGUCAAGAUGGGGAAUCGGCUACACAAAUCUACAAGUUUUGGCUGCUUUGCAUGACAAAUUUGGAUUCGUAGUGUCGUGCUGUUUGAGCUAGCUCAGCAGCGUCACAGAUCUAGUACAUCAGGCUGAUUGAAGCAUGACAGAUUCCAAAACACGCCUAAACAAUGCCUCUCAUGGGGCUCCGCAUGAGAAACAGUUUCAGCAUGCAGAUUUGCAAUACAAAUACAACUAUGGGGUGGGGACGUUUUUCAAUACGAUAAUGGCCAUGGCCUCCUUGCUCCUGGACCGGUGGCGUUUCGAGGUUCUAUGACAAUGCACAACUCCCCCUCGUCCCCCUCAUUUGUCAUGCAAAAUACCAAUUAUACAUCCCUUUCCCUUAAGCACUGCUUGCAUGACAGGCUCCGGAAGCUGAAACAGCACUAGAAUCGGUCGCUGAUUUGUCAUGCAAAAGCUGGAUUUAUGCCAGCACUUGUGUUGCUGCUUAUGCACUUCAAAUGAGGGGGGGGGUUGUGGACUCUCAUAGGUUCCGUACGGCACGUACAAACGCAUCGCACUGUUUCUCGCCAUUGAGUCAGAGAUUGAACCAGAGUGCGGCGACUUUUGUUUUUGCAUUUGCAAACAGGACGUCGAGAGCUCAUAAUUAGCCGCAGCUUUCGUGUGGAUACAAAUAGAAUAAAGUGUCCAGCCGUUGUACUAACAGAGUCGCGUAUGUUUAAUAUACGACUCGGGAUUUUGAUGUGCUACUUGUGCAAGGACGCGGGCAAAAU